UGAGGUUUAUGUGGACAAGGAAGGGCGUCGCAGAAGGAGAGGCACAGCGUAUUGUAUAGCUUAUAAACCUGCCGAAACCUUUCAAAUUUCUUAAAAACUAUUUUUCUUUCUCUCUCUAGAAACCGCUUCUCUCGCCCCAAAUCUCUCUCUUUCUUUCUUCUUUCUUAAGAUCUCCUCUCGAAUCCAAAAAUCCAAAAUCUUCUGCUCCCCUCGCGAUCUUUACGGAUUGUUUUACGAUUGUUCUGGAGAUGAAAACGAGGGUUUGCGAGCUUUGUGAUGGAGAAGCUUCGGUUUACUGUUCCUCCGAUUCGGCUUUUCUGUGUUGGGAUUGUGACGCUAGGGUUCACGGAGCUAAUUUUUUGGUAGGUCGACAUGUUCGUCGGACUGUUUGUUCUAAAUGCAAAGCUUUCGACGGAAAUCACAUCUCCGGUGUCGGAUUCCGACCGGUACGUUCGAUUUGCCGGUUGUGUACUUCGGUGCCGGAGGAUGAUGAUUGUGAUUCUGAUUCUUCGAUAUCAUCUGCUUCUUCUGCUUGUCUCUCUAGCGCGGAAUCUUUCGCUGCUCAUGUACCGAAGAAAAUCCAUCUCGAUCGUAGUCGACCGGAGAAGAUCGUGUGUUUUGGUUCUCUGUCGGAGGUUUCCGGUGACGAUUCUUGUUUUCCGGCGAAAUCGAAGAAGGUGAAGGCCGUAAAAUCAAGUACUCCGACGAACGUCGACCUGAAGGCGGAGGGUAUUUUGGUAAAUUGGUGCAGGAAACUGGAUCUAAAGAUAAACUGUUACGUGCCGCUCGCCACCCACGCUUUCGGUGUGUGCUUGAGAAAAUUGAUGGUUUUGCCUUUCCGGGUUUCUCUGGCUUCAGCCCUUUGGUUCUCAUGGAAGCUUUGUGAAGGGAAACCAGCUUCAACAUGUGAGAAUCUCAAGAAGCUUGAGCAGAUCUCAGGUGUUCCAGCUAAACUGAUCUUAUUUGCAGAGUCGAAGCUUGCUCGUGUUCUGAAGAUCAAAGAGACUCAGAUUGAUCAAGAAGAAGGUUGGGCUGAAUGCUCCAAUUGAGUCUUUGAAAUUGCAAGAAACAACCAUGGAAGAACAAAGGCAUGAUUGAUGAUGAUACACAUUAGGAAAUUUUUUUUUUUUUUUUAAUUAAUUUCCCAGUUUUGCUGACUUUGGUGGUGUGGAUUUUAGGUGGAUUUAGUCACUGAUCUGAAUUUUCUUUUAGGGUAUUGUAUGGAUUAUGGUUCUUGUUUUAAUUUUAUUACUUUUUUUUUUUUAAUGGGAGGAAAGGAUUAUUGGUGUAUUGAUAUCUAAAUGUAGGAAUGGGAAGUAAAUCAAUUUAAAUUGUUUUAUUGGCUA